CUCGUUUUCUCUUUUUAGCUUCAUCGCUUCCUCAGGAUGUGGAAGACGAAGCUUUGUAAUUCCACGCAAUUUUCUUUGAUUGCUCGUCGCGCUGGGAAUUCAACAGACUUUUGUUCGUCGAUCGUCAAUUCGCGCUGCUAUAAUUGCUCGAUUUUUAACUCCUCCCAAAUUGUCUCUCGCUCAUCUUCUUUUUCUCCUUUUUCAUCUGCCUCUUGUUUUUUGGGCGGACAGCCAGGAAAGCCUUUUCCUUCUGCUAGAGUUUUAUUGUUAGCGAAUCCAAGCGGUGUCUCUGCAAGUGAAAACGGGUUGUCUUUGAGAAAUGGCAACUUUUUCUGCUCGCAACCCAAGUCCGCCGAAACGUUCCAUUGCUGGAACUGCGGUGCGGGUGCCGAUAGCGUGAUGGCGUCCCUCUUCUGUGCAUCCUGCCGCAGCGUCCAACCAGUUAAUGAAGCAAUUGAUUAUUUCCAAAUUUUCGGCCUAGAACGGAAAUAUGAAAUUGACCUGGAAGAGUUGGAGAAGAAGUACAAAGAUUGGCAAAAGAAGCUUCAUCCAGAUCUAGUUCAUUCAAAGUCCCAGCAAGAGAGGGAUUAUGCAGCCGAACAGUCUGCUCGAGUGAUAGAUGCAUAUCGAACACUUGCAGACCCAUUGUCAAGGGCAAUCUACUCGGUGAAAUUAGCAGGUGUACAUAUAGAUGAAGAAGAAAGGGUUACGGACCCUGAGCUUCUUGCUGAGAUCAUGGAAUUAAGAGAAGCUGUUGAAGAAGCAGAAGACACUCAAGCAUUAAAUAAGAUCCAGAGUCAGCUGCGGGAAAAACUGCAGAAUUGGUCCAAGUCAUAUGAAGAGGCGUAUAAGAGUAAAAACUAUGAGGAUGCCAUGACUGCCAUUCGCAGAAUGACUUAUUACAAACGUGCCAGCGAAGAGAUUGUCAAGAAGCUUUGAUGUCACUAUCAAUAUGCAAGUAGUCCAUACUCUUAUAUUUAAUCUCUCUUAUCUCUCUCAUAUAUAGAAAAAAGAUUGUGAAUUACUUUUGUUUUUCUUAAUAAAGAGGACCCCCCACUCCCACUCCCAGUGGAGGAGCGGUGAAGCUCUCUCACUGUACACUGUUCUA